GCCUUCGCUCAACUUCGUUAACUCAGUCGAUUGCGCUUGCAGAGGUUCCCGGCAUCGAGGUGGCUUCUGAAUUUUAUAGCUUUUAGUAGGUAAAUAUUGCGAAUGGAUGUACAUUCUUGCAAAUGGACCAAAGGUAAAGAUGUUCUGGCCACCUGCUUUGGGCUUCCUGAUCCGGUACUCCCAGCCAUGCAAUUCUUGCGAUUGAAGGUCCGCGGUUGUACAAGCCGAGAGGCUUUAGUUAUUUGCAGAGCUCUCUCAGAGAGCUUGCAGCCGUUCCAUUCCUUUUUCCACUCAUGCUAUCCAUACACCGGGCAAUAACUAUGCUGGCCAUACUUGUUCCCGUCUUAUUAGGAAGCAACAACCUUGCAUUGGCCGUUGAUCCAACUUCAGCUGCCCCAGCGCAAUCUGCGGCACCAGCUUCGACUGGAACUAGCUGUCAAGCGGUCAAUUGCCAGCUUAAGUGCAACCCAGCUUGCUCAUCCGACAUGGUGUGCAGUUUAACUACAAUGAAUCAGUGUGCAGUUUGCCCAGUGCCAGUCUGUGUCAGCAAGAAUUUGGGAACGUCGUCCGACUCUUCUAGCUCUUCUGGGUCAAAUGCUGGACUACUUCCCGGUCUGGUUGGAGGCUUAGUGGGUCUUCUGGUUAUUGCACUUGUUGCUUUUGGUAUCAUUCGAUACAAGAGAAGAAAAGCUCAAGGUCUUCCCUUUUGGAAAUCUGGCGACUCGCACAGUGAGACAUCCGAACAUUGGAACCGACCAGGUACCCAGUCCGCCGUGGUACCCAUCGCCUAUAUGCCACCAUCAUCGCAUCAUACCCGUACUGAAAUGCAAAGCGCUAGCUUGGGAAUGCAAAGUGCUAGCUUGGGAACUGGCGCAUCGCUCAGAAACUCACUCGCUCUCAGCAAUCAAAACGACUAUCUUCAACAUCCUUCUACACCUAACAGCUACACCUCCCGAUACUCAUCUCGAUCUGAAAAUCCAUUUGCUGAUUUGGACGAUGAAAGUACAGUACAGCUCAAACGUGUUGUCACUUUACGAAAGAUGGACAGCGUCUCCAGAGGAGGAAAUCAAACUCCACCUGAAGACGAUGACGAUGACCAAUCUGUCGCUUCUUCGGUUAUGAAUGCAGUAACGCGGAACGACUCUGUAUCAGCGGUUCAAAUGCAAAGAGCUAAACCGACGUUGAUGCGAAUCAAUACUAUCAAAGUAGAAGAUGGCACAGGUGGUAUGAAGAGAAGUGGAUCUGUCCGAACCAUUUUGACUCCAGAAUCAGGCUCGGUCACCUCAUCACGCUCCAAUAGCACCAAGCAAACUAGCAAUGAAUCAGAUACCGCUCCAUCACAGAGUUCUCUGACUGCACAACAAGCCAAGCAAGAACGACCGGUUAGCGUAGUCACUUCCGGCAGCCAUCGUACCAAUGUUACGGACAGUGUCAUGUCGGCUCCGGGUGAUGGCGAAAUCACAAUCUUCUGGGAUGGCAACGGUGGCUCCUCUAGGAAUCACUCUGACUGAUCUGAAUAGCUAGCUGUAUUUACUUCCAUUCCUUCAACUAUGUCACUUUAUCCUAUCAUACAUUCUUUUUUCCACAUAAAUCAACCUGAACCAUCCAACCUGAACCUUUGACAGCACCGUUU